CGCGGCGCCCCGGCACCAACUCCCGGACAGUCGCGCGCCCGCCGCAGACCCGCGAGGCGCGAACAUGGCGGCGCUCGGACGACUCGUGUCCUGCCCGCGCCUCGUCGCCCGCUCGCAGGGAUGUGUUUCAUACUUUUCAACCAGCGCAUGUCGCCAUACGAAAUUUUAUACAGAUCCAGUGGAGGCUGUAAAAGAUAUCCCUGAUAAUGCAACAAUCUUGGUUGGUGGUUUUGGGUUGUGUGGAAUUCCAGAGAAUCUUAUAGGAGCCUUACUAAAGACUGGAGUGAAGGGUUUAACUGCAGUCAGCAACAAUGCAGGGGUGGACAACUUCGGCUUGGGCCUUUUACUUAAAUCCAGGCAGAUAAAGCGCAUGGUCUCUUCAUACGUGGGAGAAAACGCAGAAUUCGAACGCCAGUAUUUAGCUGGUGAAUUAGAAGUGGAGCUGACACCUCAGGGCACUCUUGCAGAGAGGAUUCGUGCAGGUGGGGCUGGAGUGCCCGCGUUCUACACCAGCACCGGGUACGGGACCCUGGUGCAAGAAGGCGGAUCCCCAAUCAAGUACAACAAAGAUGGCAGCAUUGCCAUUUCCAGUAAGCCAAGAGAGGUGAGGGAGUUUAAUGGCCAGAACUACAUCUUGGAGGAAGCCAUUACUGGGGAUUUUGCUUUGGUGAAAGCCUGGAAGGCUGACCGUGGAGGAAACGUGAUUUUCAGGAAAAGUGCGAGGAAUUUCAACUUGCCAAUGUGUAAGGCGGCGAGCACCACAGUGGUGGAGGUUGAAGAAAUUGUGGAUGUUGGAUCAUUUGCUCCAGAAGACAUCCACAUCCCCAAGAUUUAUGUCCAUCGCCUUAUAAAGGGAGAGAAAUAUGAGAAAAGAAUUGAGCGUUUAUCAGUCCGGAAAGAGGAAAAUGUGAAAGGCAAAUCUGGUACAUCUGGAGAAAAUGUAAGGGAGCGGAUCAUCAAACGCGCAGCUCUUGAAUUUGAGGAUGGCAUGUAUGCUAAUCUGGGCAUUGGAAUUCCACUUCUGGCUAGCAACUUUAUCAGUCCAAAUAUGACUGUUCAUCUGCAAAGUGAAAAUGGAGUCUUGGGUUUGGGCCCCUAUCCUUUGCAAAAUGAGGUUGAUGCUGAUCUAAUUAAUGCAGGCAAGGAAACAGUUACUGUUCUUCCAGGAGCCUCUUAUUUCUCCAGUGAUGAAUCAUUUGCGAUGAUUAGAGGCGGACAUGUUGAUCUAACAAUGCUGGGGGCAAUGCAGGUUUCCAAAUACGGUGACUUGGCUAACUGGAUGAUCCCUGGGAAGAUGGUGAAAGGAAUGGGAGGUGCCAUGGAUCUAGUGUCCAGUGCAAAAACCAGAGUGGUGGUCACCAUGGAGCAUUCUGCAAAGGGAAAUAAACAUAAAAUCAUGGAGAAAUGUACAUUACCACUGACGGGAAAGCAUUGUGUCAACCGCAUCAUUACAGAAAAGGCUGUGUUUGACGUGGACAGUAAGAAAGGGCUGACUCUGAUCGAGCUCUGGGAAGGCCUGACAGUGGAUGACAUAAAGAAGAGCACAGGCUGUGACUUUGCAGUUUCACCAAAGCUCAUGCCAAUGCAGCAGAUCACAACUUGAAAUGGACAUAAAUAUUGCUCCAGUUUGUGUGGUUUUCAUUUUAACCCUGUAGGAUUUCAUUAGGGGAUAGCAGUUAUCAUAAUCAUAUGUUUAAUAAGCUAAUUUUAACUUGUUUUCUUGUAGCAGCUUUGUUUCUGUAGCCAUGUGGAUUUUUUUCUUUAAAGAGUGCUGUUAUAUUUUAAUCAAAAACAGAAAAAAAAGUAGAUCAUUUUAAAAGCUUCAAGAAGGCUAUAUUUAUAAUUGGUGCUCAUGUUGUAUUUUUCUUUACUCUCUGUGCUGUGCACCCCGAAUAAUGUGCAACUUGUACCAAGAUGGGCCCUUAGGAAGAAUUGCAUUGAUGUACUUUUCCUGAUAACUAAAUAUUAGUGGGGUAGGGGAGGUAGGAGGGUUAGGGAUAAAAAAAAAAAAAAACUCCACCCAGAGUAUACCCCAGGCAACAUUUUACAGCUUCUGAGAAAAAUGCUGACUUACUGGCGAUGUUUUUUCUCUAAGCUUCCUCUGACAUAUAUUUUGGAGCCUUAAUUUUAUGAUGACAUUUUAUUUUCUCUAGAGUGUACAUCCCACAUUUUCAGAGCUAAAUAGCUAUCCAAGAAUGCAAGCAGGAGUGCCUUAGUAUGGGGAAAUAAUGGUUUAUGAAACAGACCAAAUAUUACAGGGUUUGUUGGUGCUGACAGACCACCAAAAGUUGCCUUUGUCAACCAAUCAAUUAAUCAAUUGUCAAUCUGUGCUUUGUUAAUACUGUGUUUAUUAUAGAAAGAGGGCUAUAAACCAGACUUGAUCUGCCAGUUUUUUCAUUUUAAAGUAAUGGACCUAGAAGUGUUCUUAGAAGUCUUUCUCUAACUUAUUGAAAUCUGGGGUCCAAUUAUAUAAUAUCUCCUUCUUAAUCCAAGAGUAGCACUGGGAUAUAUUUUUCAUGAACAUGUCAUAAUGGCAGCAGUUUAAAAAAAAUAAAAGUGAAGAAAAUUUCCUUUCCAGGUCUCUAAGUUCUGCUCAGAAAAGUUUCUAAAUACUUAAUGCUUUUCCCUACAGAAUGGUGUUCUUUUUUCCACCCAGGAUACUACUACUGAGUAUUUCAAAUUCAGUUUUAUCCAAGCAGGGUAAAUGAUGAGCCAAUCCACGAUUUGAGAAACAGUGUAAUGACUUUCAUUGUUCAAAUAAACGUGAUAGAUUAGGUUUUAGAAGAAAAGUCUCACAGUUAUCUUCAGUGCCACACACUUGCCUGAGGGACAGCUGUGGAGCAUCCUGGACAGCGGGCAGGAGAAAAGCUCAGGCCUCCUGGAAAGAAACCAGGCCUGGCAGGUUGCAAUGGAGCUUUCCUGGGGCACUUAGCGCUCAUCUAACUUGCUGGGCUUCUGUCCUUAAUAGGUCCAUGUUAAACUGAAAAUAUCAAAGAUGCACUUAAUACCUCUAGUCUGUCAAACAGUGUUGCCUAGCCUACUUGAAACGGGUUCAGAACACUACACAGUCGCCCGGAUGUGGAGGGAAGCAGUCUAACGCAAAGCCGGUUUUUAUUAUUGAGUGUUUACUCUCCUGUAAUUUGAACACACCCUCUGGCCAGGUGUUCUUAUGAUCAUGUGACUGAGUGGGUGCUGGGGCUUGGUGCCACAGCAUUCCUGGCGACUGUUAUAGCCUGGGAAAAGAUCAAAAUUCAAAAUUUAAAGUUCAGUUUCUUCUGAGUGCCUGUUAUUUUCACAACAUUGUUGUAAAGCUGAAGAAGCUGUAAGUCAGACCAUUAUUAAAUUGGGGACUCCAUGGGAAUUUUUGUAUGUUUUUAGGUGAUGCUUGUCAUUGUCAUUGCCAUGAUCACAAUGUUAUGACCCACAGUUACAUUAUAUACAAAAUUAGAGGGAGGAGAGAGCUGUGUUUUAGUAGCACAUACAAUGUGUAAGAUAGUUUUCAGUGAACUCAGGGUUGGAAGCAUGCUUUUCUAAUACCAGUAAAAGAAAAAUAAAUAACAAACAGGACUCAAAAUUUUGAGCACAGGGGAGUAAUUUUGUCUGUUAGAAUUAACUUUUGGAAUAAAUAUAUGUUGCUGAUAGAUGCUCUAUUUGCAAACUUUGCUUAUCAUUCCAGCUUGUCACUUGAAGAUAAUGUGAUUCUCACCAUGUUCCUUACCUUGAGUGGCAAAAAAAAUUCUAAGUAGAUGACUUUAUAUCCUAGUUAAAGAGUGCUAUCAUAGUAAGAAAAUCAUUAGAAUGACAAAUAUUUUAGAUGAUACAGAUUGAUGGGAAUGUUGUUUUCCUCAUUUAGAAAUUUUGUGACUAAAUUUGGAAAUAAUAGAACAGUGAUUGCUGUAAUGAUCAACAAAAAUAAAGUCAGCACAUAUUCUGA